AUGUUGGAUAAUCUAUGCCAAGUGCGACAUGCCCAGGUGCUGUGGCGACGAAUGCUUCUUUUCCGUCUUUCUCAACAUCACUACGAACUCUUCGAGGUCGUGGGAAAGGAACGAGAAGCCAGCCCCACAACUUCGAGAAUCCAGCGUCAGGGAAGAUCGGGAAGUGAAGUCCUGGACAUCUUGACGCAGGAGUUGUAUCCUCUUAUUGCGAACCAAGAAAGCAACAAGUCUCUCGAUGUCAAGGCAUGGCGCGCGAAGUACUUGGCCAAGAGAAGAAGUGUCAGCAAUCGCCUGCACGCAGCGAAGAACUGGAGAAAAGGCGUCGACCGGUUCGGAUUGGGCAUCCUCGUUCUGUUCCCCUUUGGAGAGGAGUUUACAUCCCAGAGUUCCGAGUACGAGACUCUGAAGGAGGAAGACUGUAAGAGUCUGUUGGACGUGCUGGAAAAGGAAGAAGGGGCCUUAAUCGCUCCGUUGUCGGCACAGUUGACUCCAUUUGUGCAAGCCUUGUGCCAUGGCGAAGAGUUCACCCUGGCGUCACAAAAUGAGCUGAUCGUCGCUCUCAGCCCAAUCGCGGAAAGUUCAAAUGGCCAACAUGACCGGCUGAGAGACGAUGCUGGGAAGUAA